AUGCGCGCAGGUGCACAGCCUAGUAGGAGACCACUGCUCCGUCUGCUUCUUCCGUUGUUGUGUGGUCGACGAUGACGAUGGCACGGCCAUGCGGUCGGUGCCCUCUGAAGCCGCUCGCCCGGGCCGUGCCGUGCCGAAGGAGGGGUCUCACCAAGAUCAAUCGUCGCUGGAACUCGGGGGGACAAGAUGGACGUGCCUCUUCUGGUCCCCGAGCUCCCUCCUCUCGAUUCUUCCUUGUGCUACUCAGGGCCGCUCAGUCCGACUCUGCGGACGUAGUUCUCUUCCUUUUCUGCAGACCUCCCAUGGCGUGGACAGCGACGACGACAGGAGGACACUAGUUCUGGCCGGGAACAUGGCCUUGUCCUGCUCGAGGAGGAGGGACGCACCUAGGCACCGGCCCUGUCCCGCAACAAGGGGUCUGCUCCUCUGCUUCCAAGGCAACCAAGUUGCCCUGCCUGAGCUCGACGAGUCAAGCCCGGCCACGACCAUGCACCACUCCCAGCAGGGUGACAGAGGAAGCCAUGCUGCCGUUUUGUUCAUUCCCAGCCCCGACUGGUCGUCCGACGAGUCCGUCAUGUUGUCAUUUUCUUGUAAAGUAGUAAUGUAUCAUACUUGUAGAGCUCGUUACACUUGUAGAGCUUGUAAAGUACUGUAUUACACACGGUCAUAUGUAUUGGCACGGAUAGAGCUUGUUACUGUUGUUGCCAAUGUAUUACUUGAUUUGGUUGCUCUUAUUUAAAGUAUUAUGUGUGUUUUUUGUCUGCCAAUUUAAAUACUGGUUGAAAUAUGAAGAAUAUAUGAGCCUGAAAGAUGGGACCCACUUACCAGAACAUGACAAAUGGGA